CGCCACGCAGAGGGCGGGGCGGAAGCGGAAGGGAUUUCGCUGCUCCUGUUGCCGCCGCCGCCGCCACCCCCGCCCGGAAUGGCGGAAGUGGAGGCGCCGACGGCGGCCGAGACGGACAAGAAGCAAUUUAGCGGCUCCAGCGGCGGCGCCAUGGACGUGGAGCGGAGCCGCUUCCCCUACUGCGUGGUGUGGACGCCCAUCCCGGUGCUUACGUGGUUUUUCCCCAUCAUUGGCCACAUGGGCAUCUGCACAUCCACAGGAGUCAUCCGGGACUUUGCUGGCCCCUACUUUGUCUCGGAAGACAACAUGGCCUUUGGGAAGCCUGCCAAGUACUGGAAGUUGGACCCUGCUCGGGUGUACGCUAGUGGGCCCAAUGCGUGGGACACAGCUGUGCAUGACGCCUCUGAGGAGUACAAGCACCGCAUGCACAACCUCUGCUGUGACAACUGCCACUCACACGUGGCACUGGCCCUGAACCUGAUGCGCUACAACAACAGCACCAACUGGAACAUGGUGACUCUCUGCUUCUUCUGCCUGCUCUAUGGGAAGUAUGUCAGCGUCGGGGCCUUCGUGAAGACCUGGCUACCCUUCGUCCUCCUCCUGGGCAUCAUCUUAACCACCAGCCUGGUCUUUAACCUGCGGUGAUGGCUGCCUCAUGGCCCUGGACCCGCCACCCCUUUUGGUUCCUCAUCCCUUCUCACCCCAAAAGGCAGGGAUAGGCCUGCUGCUGGUUUGGACCCAGGAGUCUGGGCUUGGGGGGGAUGGAACGGGGCGAGGAUGAGCUGGCGGCGGGGCCGUGUGUCUGCAUGUCGUAUCUCACUGGUCACUUGGGAGUUCCCUGUCCCUUCCGUCCCAGGCUUGUGACCCCUGUGCUUGAGGACCCUCUUUGUUCAUCUAUUGGAAAGGCCCUAGCCUCGCUCUGUAGAGCUGCUCCCGCACUGCCUGCCUCGGCUCAAUGCCCGCCAGGGGAGGGGAGGACAUGUGGACCCAUCGCACAGGCUAGAGCUGCAUUUGGAGCCUGUCCUCCUGUUGGGGCGGUGGUCCUGGAGGGGGUGGGCUGCUCUGGGAAGUCUCCACAAGCUAAGCUGCUCUAGAGCCCUCACCACUGGCCUUCAGAACCGCCCAGGAGGCUGGAUGAGCCCCCUUUUGCCAGAAGCCGCACCAGGGAUAGUCUGUGCCCCACCCCCGGGGCUCUCCAGACCACACUGCCCCUCUCCCACGCUCCCAGGACAUUCGCCUACUUGGGCCUGUCUCCCCCUGCAGUUUGGGGUCCGGGCUCCGCCAGCCAGGCUGGAGAGAUGAGUGACAGUGACGUGUCCAGAGUGACACCCUGUAGAUCAGUGCAGUAGGAGCAAAGUCUGGCCCCAGCCCCAGGUGUGGGCCUCACGCUGGUGAUGGCACCCCUUGGGUCCAAGAUGUGGGGGCCCUCAGAAUAGCCAGUGCCACUGGGGAGCUGAAGGGGAGCUGUGCCCCCCACCUGCCCUGGCUCCCUCUUCUCUUCGUGUUGUGGGAAGGGUUUUUGUCCCCUCACCCCUGCCCCACGGACUCCUAUGUGUAGGGCUCGCUUGCUGGACAGGACAAUAAAGAGUUUUAACUUCA